GGUCCAAGGGGAAAAGCAGAGCGGCACGGGCUGCCAUGGCAGAGACCUCAUUGCGUCUCCCUGCUGCGACUGCUCAGCUCUCUCUCUCCAUUCCGUUUCGAGCUAUCCGCUUCCUUCCACACCCUUCUCUCACCUUCUCCACCUUCCACUUCGAGAGAGAGAGAGAGGGAAGAGAAACCCUAGCUAAAUCGCCGCCGCCGCCGGAGCAGAGAGCCGGCAUGGACCUCCUCGAGAUGCCGCUGCCACACUUCUUCGAGAAGUCCCUCGGCAAAGACGAGGACGAGUGGCCGCCGGAGGCGCGCUUCCUCGUCGCCGCCUACUACGGCAACGUCCGCCGCCUCAAGGAGAUCGCGCGGCGCCUGGACAGGAGCGGGGGGAACAAGGGCGAGGACUCCACGCUGGCCGCCACCACCUAUCGCGGCAUGAACGCGCUCCACGCCGCCGUCGGGGGCCUCGGGAGGCUCGACGCCUGCCGCUACCUCGUCGACACGCUCGGGAUGGACGUCAACAUGUGGGACGCAUCACCAAGGAAGAAGACGCCCCUGGAGCACGCCGUGUCCGGCGGCAACCUGCCGGCCGUCAGGUUCCUGCUUGACCACGGGGCCGAUCUCCACCAGGAAUGUGAGGAGGGCGCCACUGUUGUCCAUCGGGCUGCGAUGACAGGGAAGUCCGAGAUACUAAAACUGCUGCUUUCUAGAGGAGCCGAAGUCGACGGCAAGUCAGAACAGGGGACACCACUGUGUCUCGCCGCCCUUAAAGGACACGAGAGUACUGUGGAGGUUUUGUUGGAGCACCAUGCAGAUGUCAACAUGGUUGUGCCUUCUUGUCUGGCAACACCUCUAGAUGCUGCAGUGUUUGCUGCUUCCAAGCAUUGUGUCAAGCUAUUGAUUCAGGCUGGAGCUAAUGUGAACGAUGUUAAUAAUAAUUCCUUGGCAAGAGCUGCAAGCGAAGGCUUAACUGAAAUUAUUAAGUGCUUGUUGGAGGCAGGUGCAGACGCAAAUCGUCCUGAUGAGUGUGGUAUAAUACCAAUAGAGCUAGCCGCUGUGUAUGGUACAAGGGAAGACGUUGAGCUUCUAUAUCCUUUCACCUCCCCAAUUCCAGAUGUGGCAGACUGGAGCGUUGAUGGGAUAAUCAAUCAUGCCAAACUGGAGCACAUGCAGCUUAUGGAUGAUGAUGCGGUUAAAAAGAGGAAGUCUGACCUGAAAAAACAAGGGGAUGAAGCAUUUGAGAAGCAGGAUUUCGCACAUGCAUCAGUGCUCUACACAAAGGCGCUCAGGGCUGAUCCGUUGGAUCGUAAAAUGCUGGCCAACCGGAGCCGCUGCUGGCUCCGUCUAGGCGAUGCAGAGAAGGCUGUGAAAGACGCGAUCAAAUGCAAGAAUAGCCACGAGGGGUGGGCAGAGGCACACCAUCGCCAUGGAGAAGCUCUGAUGAUGCUGAAGGAGUAUGAGAAGGCUUGCGAGGCGCUCACACGCGGCCUGGAGUUGGACCCCGAGAACGAUGAGAUGGAUAAGCUCUUCUGGGAGGCGAUGGAACUUAAGAAGAAGAAAUGAUGCCUGGCGGAGGUCGCCAGAUCAAGGCCCUUUUUUGCGUUUUCAGAGAUAGUUACAGUCUUACAGAAGCUCUGUCAGGAGUAGUAGCAGCAUGUUGCUGUUAAUUAAUCUUGAAACAAUGGCUCUUGGCGUCAUUUUGGUGACAGUCUAGUCUAGCUAGUCUGAAACUAGUAGAUGCAGUGGUAGUUUACUGGCAGCAGCUUUUUGACUUGUGUGCGCCUUGGGUGGCUUUAAACUUGGAUGGAUGGAUGAUGAUGGAUUGGGUUUGGGAUGCUGAGAGAAGUGAAAACUUGAAUCUUUAUCUUUA